AUGUUCAGCCCGGACGGGGGGCUGCCGGCCGCCCCCUUUGGCCUCCUGACCGACGCCGGACCUCCCUUCCCCCGCGGCAGCUUCGACGGGGCGCCCGCCCAGCCGCUCUUCUUCCCCUUCGCCGCCACAGCCGAGCCUGAGCCCGCCCGCGACCCACCGCCGGCCCGCGCCUGGCUGCCCCCGCCUGCCCCCGCGCCGCCCGCCAAGGCGGAGGCGCGCCCGGGUCGGCCCUGCAGCCAGCCCGAGCCCGAGCCCCGCACCGCUGCUUGCUGCGGCCCGGCCUGGCCCCCUCCGCCCUGGGCCGGCCCUGCGCCCUCCGGCCCCACAGCCCUUCCCGGGCCGCCCUUCCCUGGCCCGGCCGCCUCUGCCUUCCCUGGCCCCCAGCUCUGCCCCGGCGCGCUGCAGCCGGGCUCCGGCGGCCCUUCGGGGCUGGGGAGCAGCGGCAGCUCCAGCGGCGCCGCCAGCGAGGGCGGACACUCCAGCGACAGCGGUGAGGAGGAUGCGCCAACCUCAGGAGAGCUGGAGCAGUUCGCCAAGGACCUCAAGCAUAAGCGUAUCAUGCUGGGCUUCACCCAGGCUGACGUAGGGCUGGCACUGGGCACACUCUACGGAAAGAUGUUCAGCCAGACGACCAUCUGCCGCUUCGAAGCACUCCAGCUCAGCUUCAAGAACAUGUGCAAGUUAAAGCCGCUGCUGCAGCGCUGGCUCAAUGAGGCAGAGAACACGGACAACAUGCAAGAGAUGUGCAAUGCAGAGCAAGUACUGGCCCAAGCCCGGAAGAGAAAACGCAGGACCAGCAUUGAGACCAAUGUGAAAGGGACACUGGAGAGCUUCUUCCGCAAGUGCGUGAAGCCCAGUCCCCAGGAGAUCUCCCAGAUUGCCGAGGACCUCAACCUGGAUAAAGAUGUGGUGCGGGUCUGGUUCUGCAACCGGCGUCAGAAAGGCAAACGGCUGCUGCUGCCCUAUAGCAAUGAGGCAGAGGGCAUGAUGUAUGACAUGAACCAGCCCCUGGUGCCCUCUACUCUGCCCAUCCCAGUGACAUCCCAGGGCUACAGCCUGGCACCCUCCCCUCCUGUCUACAUGCCGACCUUCCACAAAGCUGAGAUGUUCCCUCAAGCGCUGCAGCCUGGGCUCUCCAUGAGUAACAGCGGCCACUGA